AUGCCCUGGCGGCCGCUGCCUCGCAUUGCCUUUGCGGUGGCCAUCUACCCGUUCCACCCUUCUUCCCCGGCGGACCUCCCCCUCGAACUCGGCGAUGAACUGUACAUAAUUGAACAAGGUGGCUUGGAUGGUGAGUGGUGUCGCGGAUAUCUGGUUGCGCCACCCUCAUUGCUGGCCGGGUUGACUAGUACCAAGGGUCAGACCCUCGAGGCCCGUGUCUUCUCGGGAAUCUUCCCGCGGAACUGCGUCGAGAUUCGCGAGGUACUGGGCGACGGCGAGGGCUACAAAGCAUUGCUCAAUGGCGAUCGCAAAAGUAUCGAUCGCCUGACCCUGGUGGGACAAGACACCGACUAUGUGUCACGGCACAGCGUCGCCUACUCGGUAUCGGAGUCCCAAGUUGGUGGGGAGGUGUCGGAUGUGGUGGUUGCAAAGAAAGGCAAACCGGCACAGAUCAUGAUUCAAAAGACUGACGACCGAGACAUGGCGAGCCCGCAAUCCGCCCACACCCUCCGAACCAAUUCGAUUCCACAUACGCCGGUGACCAUCGCUCCACGCGAUCCGGAUGCGCCAAAACCUGCCGCUCCGGUGCCCAUGCUCAAGGUGGGCGAUGAGACCCCGACGUCGCUGACCGAGCCAUUGGUGGAUGAAAUUGCUUCCUGCCUUCGCGAAUGGCACUCGACAAAUCUUCACGAACUACUCCUGGCCCGUCAGUAUGAUGUGCUGGAGAAAAUGUCUACAAUUGUACAGGAACUCGAUUUUGCUCGACGCCAAUUGCUUCACAAUGUCCUGACAGGCAAAGAGAAGGAAGCUCUGCGGGAUGAGACGGUAUGGAAGCUUGUGAAAGCCAAUAAAAUGCUUAGUGGAGAUGUAAUUGUGCGGGAUCCGGAGCAAAGAGGCCGAUUAUUGACCGGUGACGACUCCGCUAUUCAACUCGCCAAGCUGCAAUCUGAGAUGAGCAUGCUGGAUACUCGCCCCACGGUGCACUCGGACACGACUGCGCUGCACCACCUGCUACUGGAGAUCAAUGCGGUGUCAGGAAAUGUCCCUGGCCCGGUAUCUAUUGGUAUUCAGCUAUUUUCCCGCUCUGACGCUGGCGCAUUCAAUCCUCUCUCAGAAACAUACAUUUUGGACAUUCCAUCACCCGAUAAGUUUGUGAGCUUGACGCAGAGCAACAAGUUAAAGACACUUUUUACCGACCUUGCCGCCACCGAUAUUGGCGAUGGCUCCUCAAAUGGCCGCCAACUUUAUGUGGUGGCCUCGGUUCGUACCUCUGAAACGCGCUCCGCGGCUGAUGCAGAUCCCAAUUCAAGACCAUCAAUUUCUCGAGAAGGCCCAGCUUCUCCCAAAACGGCUGGAGCUGGGGGAAUUCAACCAUCAGUGAAAGGCAGUCUCCGGACACGGCGCAGCAUGAUGUGGACCCCUAAGACUCGCGGUUCACCAAGCCUAGAUCAAACACCUAAGCCUGCAACCCCGGGUGUCCCGCGUGCUUCGAGCAGUUCGUCUAAUGCCAAGGAGCAACCCUCUACAAAGCCUACUUCGGCAAAGGAGUCAUCCGCCAUUCGCACCAUCGGCAUAGGCAUCUUGGAAGUUUCUCCGAUUCUCCGUCAAGAUCGAGAUGCGGAACAAAUCAUUGAUAUCUGGUCGCCUCCUCACGAAGGAGAAGAGGGCGAAGGCCACGCUGAUGGGUUUGAAAAGCUGCUUCAUACACUCUUACCAAGUCACAAUGGCCGGUACGUGCGUGCCGAUACUGCACGUCUGCAUCUUCAUCUGCAUCCCUUCACCAGCAUUGACCCCGAGACCCUUGUGCGCGAAAACCCUACAAUUCUUCAUGAUGUUAUUCAGACACGGCGCAUUGGCUUCUCAAAGGCGCCUACCAAACCGAGAUCCGAUAUUUAUGUUACGCUCUCACAAGCUGUAUUCCCAACGGAUGCGCUCCUUUCCCAUCCAUCUGCAGGCCAGAUUCCGUUACAGUCUACCAUUGGACUCAAAAAUCUCCAACUUACAUUGGAAGUUCGGGACGCUUCUGGUGCUCGGGUAGACAAGUGUGUUUUCCCGUCCUCCGCCCCUACUUCACAUACCGCUUGGCGGACAACAAUUGCCAAGCGAGGCUCGCCUUGGUAUCAGACUAUUCGGCUCAAUAUCCCUACCGAGAAAAUUCCAGGCUCCCACAUUAUCAUGAGCGUUGCGGAUGCACCAGAGUUCCCCUUUGCACUCGCCUGGAUGCCACUUUGGGACCAACAGGCCUUCAUUCGUGAUGGGCAGCAUUCGCUCCUGCUCCAUGCGUAUGACAAGCUGACAUCGAGUAUUGAGAACGGCAAGGGUGCUUACUUGAGUCUUCCAUGGAGUGCUCUUGGAAAGAAUGAGUCAGCCAAGGAUGAGGCUGUAACUGGGCCGUUGGCUACUCUUCGUCUUGAGACUCACCUUUGCAGCACGGAGUACUCUCAGGACCAAGUUAUCUUGAGUCUUCUUAACUGGAAAGAACGUCCUAUUGAGGAAGUGCUUGACACACUCAAGCGUGUGCUUUUCGUUCCUGAGAUCGAAAUUGUCAAACAACUCCGUGGUGUCUUUGAUUCACUAUUUGGAAUCUUGGUUGAGAACGCUGGCAAUGAAGAAUAUGAGGAUCUGAUUUUCAAAAACUUGGUUACCGUCCUAGGCAUUACUCAUGACCGACGAUUCAACUUGGGCCCCCUGGUUGACCAUUACGCCGACGCGCAAUUCAAUUUCCCAUUCGUCACGCCGUGCCUGAUCCGCAGCUACCUCCGGCUUUUGAUCAAUCCAACUGAUUCGCAGCAAUCACGAAACCUUCGCGCUGCCUUCAAAGUUGGACGUCAUCUGCUGAAAUUCAUUAUCAAUGCUCGUGAACAGCAGAAAGCAAAGGAAGAAGGUAUUGGGAUUACCACAGUUCAGUCAACCUUCAACCGAGACCUGCAUACCAUCUUCAAGUCCAUGGAAGCCCUGAUGAAGAAUACCUCCCCGUCCUUGGUGGGCAGUAAGACUCUUAUUGUCCAGCACUUCCAUACAUGGCUCCCCGAGCUUUCAAAGGUGCUUGGCCGUGAUGAAAUGAUUAUGAUUGCGUUGAGUUUCAUGGAUUCAUGCAAGGACGUGACAGGCAUGCUCGUCCUCUAUAAAUUGGUGCUCAUUCAAAGUUAUACCCAGUUUGAGAUAUUCGCUUCCGGUGAGGAGCGGCAAACUCUUAUUUCCAGCUGCAUUGGCUGGUUGGCUCCGUACUGGGGCUCCACUGCCAGCGUAUCUGACCAGUACCGCGACCAGGUUCGGCUCAGCAGUGCAAUUGUAGCCCAGUUGCUCAGCCAGCCUGAUCCCCAAUUGUACUACUUUAUGCCAAGCAUUGUCGCUUCAUACUGUGCUAUUUCCACGGAGGGUGUUGAGGAGACAGAAUAUCUUUCCCUUCUCUUCAGCAAGUCCUUCCCCUUCCAGGUCAAGUUGUCCAAGACACCGCAGAGGUUCGAUGAAUCGCUGGUGGAGCUUUCCGCCAUCAUGGGUGCCCUAGCCAAGAUCGUAUCUCCCAAGAUGCCUAAUCUAAAAGAACUAGAGCUUGCCACGUUCGUCGGCCAGGCUCUUGAGGCCCACAACUCUAUUAUUGACUGCGAAGCCUACCCGGAAAGCUGGUUUAGUAUACAUGUCUAUAAUCAUCGUGCAGCUAUCAAGGGCCUUGAGCAUAUUGCGUUGCUCCUUAUUGAAAGAUUGCUCCCAGACGCUGACGAUGCCGAUACAUUCGACACGAAGCUCUGGGAAUGUUUCUUCACCACGUUACUCAAAGUCAUCUCCAGCGAUGCACUCGCCCUUGAAACCUUCCCUGAGCAGAAGCGACGGGCUGUCUGGAAGAUUGCUGGUGAUGUUCGUGAGCAAGGAGCCGAUCUAUUGCACUCAACAUGGGAAGCCAUUGGCUGGGACACCACUGACGAGGAAAGAGAACGCUUCAAUCUCAAAAAGCUGGGUGGAUACCAAGUUCAGUAUGUUCCGAACCUGGUGCCUCCGAUUAUUGGCCUCUGCCUUAGUGUCCAUGAAGGCCUGCGCCAUGUUGCAGUUCACAUUCUGCGGACAAUGAUUCUUAGCGAGUGGGAUCUCAACGAAGACAUCUCGAUCAUUGAGACCGAGAUCAUUUCCAGUCUCGACACUCUCUUCAAGUCCAAGCAUAUGAGUGAAAGUGUGAGCCAGAAGAUCUUCAUCACCGAGUUGCUGGAGCUCUUCGAGGGAGACGCAAAGUCAGACGAGGAUCUUUUCAAUGCGGUUAAGGGUCUCAUCGGUACAGUGGAUGAACUUCUUGAUCUCUUGGUUGCCUCUCAGAGUGGUACUUCGACCCAGAGCUUGCAUGCGCUGAAGCUUAUGGAGUAUAUGAAAGACAUGGGCCGGGAAGAUAUCUUCAUUCGUUACGUCCACGAGCUUGCCGACCACCAAGCCGCCUCCGGUAACUUCACCGAGGCCGGCCUCGCUCUCCAGUUCCACGCCGAUCUCUAUGAAUGGGAUCUCAAUAAACCUCUGCCUGAAUUGAUGACACCAUCAUUCCCCGCGCAGACCGCAUUCGACCGAAAGGAGUCGUUGUAUUUCUCGAUAAUCCAACACUUUGAGAAUGCAAUGGCUUGGGCACCUGCUCUGGCUUGCUACAAAGAACUCGUUGCGCACUAUGAAAGUACGACGAUGGACUUUGCCAAGCUGUCUCGAGCCCAGAGUAGUAUGGCUCGCAUCUAUGACUUUGUUGCUAAGGGCGACAAGCAAUUCCCUCGGUACUUCCGAGUGGUCUACAAGGGUCUUGGUUUCCCUGCCAGCCUGCGUGAUAAGGAGUUCAUUUUUGAGGGAUCACCCACAGAGCGUAUGGCAUCUUUUGUGGAUCGGAUGCAGCGCGAGCACCCAACUGCCCAGAUCAUGUCUUCUGGGGAGAUUCCUGACUACGAGGGCCAAUUUCUCCAGAUCAGCGGGGUCACUACCCAUCGAGAUGUUUCUCACCCUGUCUACCAGCGGUCCAAGGUACCUUAUUCUGUCCGGGAGCAUUUGCUCAUCUCGGAUCCGUCUCGCUUCUCUGCUACAUCGCGGAGGCAUACCAACAGCACAGACGUCCGCGAGCAAUAUGUUGAAAAGCUUAUCUUUACUGUCGCUGAGCAAUUCCCUAACAUCCUCCGUCGAAGCGAGAUUGUUUCAGCUCAAGAAAUCGCUUUGUCUCCGCUGCAGACCUCCAUCGAGCGUACAUGGCGCAAGACACAAGAGCUGCACAUCUUGGAGCGCCGAGCUGCCUCGGGAGAAGACAAUGGCUUGUCAAACCUAACCGAAGCAUUGGAGCAGUUGCUCGAGCUCCGAGGCCCAUCAUCUAAUUGCGUUGCCCUGUACCGUGGGUUCCUGGGUGGUGCCCAAGGCACGAAAGAGACACCCGAUGAGACGGCAGAGGAUGUGGAGCAGGAGGAAGACGAAGAGGAAGAGCUACCCGAGACCUUGGAUCCGAUGGAGAAUGCACUUGCUGUUGCUCUCAUUGACCACGCCUUGGCAAUCAAGCAUGCGUUGUCCCUGUACCAGCGCCCUGCCCAGCAAGCUACCCAAGCGGAGCUACUGCGGCGAUUCGAGGUGGUGUUCGAGCCCGAGCUGGCGUCCCUCUCGACCUCCCCGCCCGACUACCAAUCGCCAACGCCCACACAGCCCGCUCGGCGCUCCCCCAGUUCCUCCGAGACACGUCGCAACCAGGCUGUGCAGCGAUCUGUCAGCCCGGAGCAAGAGCUGAUCCGGGCUUCGCGGGGAAAUACCCACACACGUAAGCGCUCUGAGCGACAGUCGGUCAGCCACCGUAUCAGCAUCAUCAAUCCAUUCAAGCGUUCUCACGGCGCCUCCAACUCCAUCUUCACCCUGCAACAGCCUGACCACAAAGGUCCCAAUGGUGUGCCGGAACAAGAUGAGGGUGUCGAGGAUGAUACGGCCACCAUCCACAGCCGGGCGACCAGCCGAUCCCGUGGUGGAAAGAGUGACAAGCGCCGCAGCUGGUUUGGCGGAGAUAAGAUUAAGCAUGGCUCAUCCCCCUCGGUCGCCGCCGCUGGUGAUGAGGCCUCCGGCACGUCCCUGAAGAGGCGCCCCUCGCGCAGUGCGUCCCGCGAUACUGGUGCCCCGUCUCACGACGGUCGCAGUCGUGCGGGCUCGCAGCAUCGCGGGCCCACGGCGAGCGGUGCAGCGGCCGCACCUUCUGAUCGACCGGUGCCUGCCUCGAAUGGCGGAUGGUCCACGAUCCCAUCCACGCGCGAGUACUCCCGCCCAGUUACCCGGGAUAGCGCUCAUACUGGCCGCGACGUGACUGCGGCGACCAACGGGGUCUCCCGGGUAUCCUCCCAUGCCUCCUCCCCUGCGACGAGCAAUGCCAAUAACAACGGUAUGCGCGACUCGGUCUUUCGACGAUUCAGUUUGCUUAAGGGUGUUGGACGGAAGACCAGCCGGAUGGAUUUCAAAGCAAACGCUUCCGUCAGUUUCCGCUCGCAGUUUCGAAGCUAUAGCUUCGGCUCAUCAAGAAGCAUGAGCACAUCUGGCAAUGGCACCCUCGAGCCUGGCGAGCGUACGUCGCUGCUGGGCCGCCCAACCUCUUUCUCCGGUCUUUCCGGCCAUGAGCAGGAACAGCAUGGCGGCCACCAUCACCAUCCCAAGGACAAUCGCGCUUGGGUGCGCUGGCCGCUGCAGGUCGUUCGCCUCACUUGGUUAACCUUGGUUCGCGAUUAUGUCAACUUGCUUCUCAUCUUUGUGCCCCUCGGCAUCAUUGCCGGCGUGCUUGAGUGGGACUCGACCGCUAUCUUCGUGCUGAACUUCUUUGCCAUUAUCCCACUGGCGUCGCUGCUGAGCUUUGCGACGGAGGAACUGGCGGCGACCAUGGGCCAGGCCCUGGGUGGCCUGAUGAACGCGACCUUUGGCAAUGCCGUUGACAUUAUCGCUCUGAAGGACAAGCAGAUUCGGGUUGUCCAGGCUAGUAUGCUCGGCAGCAUUCUGUCCAACAUCCUCCUGGUUCUCGGGUGCUGCUUCUUCGUUGGUGGCCUCCGCUUCCGGGAGCAGUCGUUCAACAGCACUGUCGCCUCGACCAUGUCGUCGCUGAUGGCCGUGGCGUCGGCCUCGCUGAUUAUCCCCGCGACUCUCUACGCCGCCCUCUCCAACUCCAAGCAAAAUGCGCAAGACAACAUCCUCAUCCUCUCGCACGGAACCUCCAUCAUCCUGCUGAUUAUCUACGUGAUGUAUCUUUACUUCCAGCUGCGCUCCCACGCCGAUCUGUUUGAAGAGGCCAACGGCAGCGAUGCCGAGGUCGGCAGUGGCGCGGAGGGCGAACAGGAGGAGGAGGAGCGCCUGCUCCGCCCUAUUCCUGCUACCGUGGCGCUCAUCGUCGUGACAGUGCUGGUCGCGAUCUGCGCCGACUACCUGGUUGGCAGCAUCGACAGCAUUGUGCAGAAGACCGGCAUGAGUAAAACUUUCAUUGGUCUGGUGCUGAUCCCGAUCGUCGGAAAUGCAGCGGAGCACGUCACUGCUGUAGUGGUCGCGUACAAAGAUAAGAUGGACCUCGCGAUUGGGGUUGCGAUCGGCAGCAGCUUGCAGAUUGCGCUCUUUGUCACACCUUUCCUUGUCAUUCUGGGCUGGAUCAUGCAGAUCGAUAUGACCCUGCAUUUCCAGACCUUUGAGACUGUCGCUUUCUUCAUUUCCGGUUUGGUCGUGACUCUGCUGAUCCAGGAUGGCAAGUCGAACUAUCUCGAGGGUGGCAUGUGCCUGGGAAUGUACUUGAUUCUUGCCCUCGCCUUCUACGUCUACCCAGAUGAUGCCACUGAAGGCGCCGGUGUUUUCACCAGCCUCUUCAAGUGA